CCGAGUGAGGCGCGCGCGUUUCACCCCAUAGUGGGCGCCGGCCCAAAAUUCAAAUGUGGAAUAGUGACCGUUACAGAAUAAAAACUUAAUCACGAAUAAAUUUAAUAAAACAUAGAUAAUAUAUGAAUCGAGUUUUUGAAUUAUUAAAUGUAGUGCGGCAGUGGAGUGUUUUCAAUGCGAGUGAAAACUGCGACCCUUAAAAAUUGAUAAAGAAUAACAAUUGCCGCCAGCAAUGCCACCAUACGUGAGGGUCAGAUCGGAAAAUGAAUAUAUUGAGGUAAUGUGGCGACGAGGUCAAAGUCGAUCUCCAUAGCGCCCCAUACAACUGUUCUUUGCAAGCUCCGAGGAAGUUGCAAGGAUGAAUCUUCUUAACAUGGACGCGGAAAACCGCGUGGUUCUGAACGUGGGUGGUAUUCGACAUGAGACUUACAAAGCGACUUUGAAGAAGAUCCCUGCGACUCGGCUGUCACGUCUGACUGAGGCGCUCGCCAACUACGAUCCUGUCCUCAAUGAGUACUUCUUUGAUCGGCACCCAGGUGUCUUCGCGCAGGUGCUCAACUAUUACAGGACGGGAAAGCUUCAUUAUCCAACGGAUGUGUGUGGUCCAUUGUUUGAAGAGGAGCUGGAGUUUUGGGGCUUGGAUGCGAACCAGGUCGAGCCGUGUUGCUGGAUGACGUAUACACAGCACCGAGAUACUCAAGAAACCCUGGCUGUGCUGGACCGUCUGGACCUGGAUACGGAGAAACCGUCUGAUGAGGAGGUGGCUCGCAAGUUUGGCUUCGAAGAAGCCUACUACAAUGGGACAGUGUCAUGGUGGCAGCAGCUAAAGCCCCAAAUGUGGUCCUUAUUUGAUGAACCGUAUAGUUCUAAUGCUGCUAAGAUAAUCGGUGUGAUAUCGGUCUUCUUCAUCUGCGUGUCCAUCAUAUCGUUCUGUCUCAAGACUCACCCGGAUAUGAGAGUUCCAGUGAUAAGGAACUAUUCUGUGACGACCGCUAAUCAAACACAAAGCUGGGCGUUGGAUAAAGUGCAGACGAAUGCCCACGUCGCGUUCUUCUACAUUGAGUGUGUGUGCAAUGCCUGGUUCACCCUGGAGAUCCUCGUUCGCUUCAUCUCCAGUCCAAACAAGUGUGAAUUCAUCAAAUCCUCUGUCAACAUCAUCGACUACAUUGCAACAAUGAGUUUCUACAUCGACCUCAUUCUCCAGAAGUACGCGUCUCAUGUGGAGAACGCGGACAUCCUGGAGUUCUUUUCCAUUAUUCGUAUCAUGAGACUAUUUAAAUUAACCAGGCAUUCGUCUGGUCUAAAGAUUCUAAUACAGACAUUCAGAGCAUCAGCGAAAGAGCUGACUCUGCUAGUGUUUUUCUUAGUGCUUGGUAUAGUGAUAUUUGCAAGUUUGGUGUAUUAUGCUGAGAGAAUUCAAACGAAUCCCCAUAAUGACUUCAAUAGUAUACCUCUCGGUUUGUGGUGGGCGCUGGUUACCAUGACAACGGUGGGGUAUGGAGAUAUGGCUCCGAAGACUUAUGUUGGAAUGUUUGUUGGUGCUUUGUGCGCCUUGGCUGGUGUAUUAACUAUAGCUCUACCAGUACCCGUAAUAGUAUCCAAUUUCGCAAUGUACUAUUCGCACACACAAGCAAGGGCGAAACUUCCGAAGAAGAGGCGAAGAGUCAUCAAUGUAGAGCCUACCAGACCACCGAUGCGUGCACCAGGUGCUCCUGGUGCCCCUGCGGGUCCUAUGGCUCCAGGGAUGGGCCCACAGGCUGUGAACAGAAGAAUGAAUGCAAUCAAAACUAAUCAUCCUAAAGAUAUGAUGGGACCGAAUAUGGUCGCAAGUCUAAUGCCCGGAAUGGACUUGACCGUAGCGUCUCGCCUAUCACCAGGCCCGCGAGACCUCAGCCCAGCCUUAGCCAUUGCCAUACCACUCAUGAAGUCAGUCAACCUGGUUCCAGCACAGUGUUUCGACAACAUGGCGUAUAACAGCGAGAAAUUGGAUGUUAAAGAACCUCAAAAUUCUAUCGAAGAUACUGCAUAUAAAAACGAUGAUAAAACGGACGUUAAAACCCCAUUACUGCGAGAUCAUAAAAUUGAAUCGAUGGACGAAACGAAAUUAAGAGACACUAAGGUGGAGAAACGGAAAUCGUCCGCUUCGACGUAACACAAUUACGUAAUCCGUUAUGGUCUGCAAAAUUGUGCGAGAAUGUAUCAAAAAGUAUCACGUUCUGGCUACCACGUGCAACAGCUGGCGGACGUGUAGCAAAUACUAAUAGUUCUAAAGCUAUGUGCAAACUCCACUAUACAAGUUCAAAACUAGUUGAAAGUUUCGGGCUUGCGGAUCUCGAUAGAAGGCUUUUAAUUUAAUGGUGUUAAUGCAAUAAAUUUCGCCCAAUUAUUAUUAAGCAGCUUACAUUGUAAACACGACCAAAUCCCUAAUGAUAGUGAAAUUUUCCCAUGUAAUUUUGUAUUAAAUGGUUCCAUUGUUUUAUUGAUAAAUUUAAAAAGAGAACUCUUAAAUUAAUGAAUAGGAUGAAUUUGUAAUUUUAUUUUAACUUAAAUUGCAAUUCACAUUUAUGUUUUAGGCGGUUUUAAAGUUUUUAAAGAAAUUUGGAACGACUGAACGUAAGUCAUGAUUGGUCUGACAGUGAUAGGUUGACAUGUAGUUUAUAUAGCUCUCCUUUGUAUAUCCAUCGAGCGUACAAUUAUAUUUUUUAUAAACAACUAAUGGAACUAUAAUUAUUUAUUUAUUUUGGUAUUAAUUCAAUCUACCUCUCUACCAGACUCAGACUAACACGCCUAUACAGUCUGUCUCACUCUAACGCGCUUACGCUACGUCAACAAUCUCGUCAGAGAGAUGUGAAUACGCAGUAUGCGUUCUGUUCCACUCUUACGCGUAUUGGCCGCACCUAUAUUACGUCAUCGUGUGUUAGGUUUAUUUUCAUUACGGAAUUUCUUGAUUCGGUCGCUGCACUCAAAGUCCGCGAUAAAAUCUAUGCAAUAGCUUAAAACACAUUUUUUUGCAAAUUUAUUAAUUACUACUGGAUUCAGAAAAAAUAUUUUUAAACCAAUAUUUUUUUCUAGAUAUAGAUAGUGCUUGAUGGAUUCGAUGUCUACUAGUUACAAUGUAUACCUAUUCACAUAUUUCUAGCUAUAGACUUCCUCCUAUAAACGCGCUUCAUAGUAUACAAUCGUAGUUAAUAUAACCAUUAUUCAUAUCUUAUAACAGUCCAUAAUGUAAUCUUUAGGUAGGCACAUUAAAAUAUCGCGUUCUCGUAAUUAUUUAUUUAUCUCUAUUCAUAAUAAUAAAGUAUAGUUGCACUCUUUCACUAAAGCAAUCCGUCUGCCAAAUUGUGUUUACGCUGUGACGAAAAGAGAUCUGUAAGAACGCUCUAUAUAAAUUAACUGCAAUUAGGUUAGGUUAUAAUUUUUAAUUGGGCAACAAUUAUUUUUCCGUUUUAAGUCUGAAUUGUCUUCUAUUUUUAGCUGUACAUCACAAUUUAGACCCACACACAUUACUAAGCGUUCUUCAUGUUUUGUAAAUAUUAAAAUUUUUAUAUUCGUCUCACAAAACUAGAAACAUAUCACGUGCACAUGUUACUCUUGGUGUAUUUUUAUAUUUGUAAAUUUAAUUGUAGAUUAACGCGAAUAGAGAUGGGGAACAUUCUGUCAGUUGCUGUAACUCACUACUCCUAUUUUUCAGUUUGACAAUCAACUUUUGUAUAUAACAUAUUCUCCGUUCGAAUCUCAUUUUAAGUUUGAAUUAUCUUAAUUUUUUCCCCUAUUAUUCUUGUAUUAGUAAAUUCAAAAUUUGAAUUUGAAGUUUACAGUCCGAUUUAAAAAAACCAUUAGCAGCCAAGUGCGAAUGUUAGGAGUAUUUUAGUAUGUUUACUUUCUAACCUCAUCAGAAAAAAGUGAAACCAACACAAUUUUUGUUAAUUGUCAUCUUUCAAUAAUAGACGUCUAUCAAAUUGUGAAACGAUGAACGAGUUAGUGAGUUGGCGCAAACAUUUCGUUGAGUUCGCCAUCUCUAUAUGAAUAAAGUACUGUUUUAGCGUCUCAACGUAACGUCAAGGAAACAGCAUUAUAUUUAACCAAUGUAGAUAGUUUUAAUAAAAUGUUUUCUAAUAGUUCUCAACCUGUCCAUGAAUAUGUUAAUGUAUCUUGCCUAAAUAUUGGACAAAUAUAUCUACUAUAAUCAGAGUAAGAGUAUUGUCAACCAACACACCCGGUUCGAAACAUGUUCGGCCGUAAUCAAACAGUGUCUAAGAAGUAACUUGACGAGAAUACCACUCGCUCUCCCGCGUAUCAGCGAGUGUGUUCGGCUGCCAUAAUAUGGUAAAAGUAAAGUAUUUUUGUAGAAGUAAGUAAAGAAUAUCUUGUAAUUUAACACAUAUUUUUACUCUGCUUACAGUGUAGACUUUUAUAAGUACCCUAAUAAUUCAAUGUUACGCAUAAAAUGCAAUAAUUAUAGUAGAUAGCACGAUAAUUUAAUUUAUAAAAAAGUAUGUACAGACAUUUAGAUGUAAUUCAUGAAAUAUAACAAUAUAGUGAGAUCUUUUUAAUCGAAUCAUGUUCGUUUUGUACCAUUGUAAUAAACCAUUUGUGGCCCUACUGAUUAAAAUUUACUAUCGUUCAGUAUGGACUUUACUAUAUUACAAAAAAGUGUAUUUUCUUUUUUUCAUGCUACAUUUUAUUUCAGAUAUUUACGUUUGAUUGAUCGCUAUGAUUAAUGAUAUUAAUUAGCCGUUCAAUUAACAUCCUAGCCUUUUGACUAAACGGCGCCGUUUAACUAGUGGCCUUAAUGAUAUUCAGCCUUAACAUUUGUUACAACAUUUAAUGCUUAAGCCAUUCAUACGAUAAACUCAUUAUUUGGCACAAAUAAAAAUGAAAGAAGAUGUAUAAUGUAAAUAAGAAAAUAUUAGCUAUAAAAUUAAAUUGCUUGAGUCUUAUUCACAUUAUUAUUGUCACUACAAUCUUUCAUUGUACUUAUUAUUUUUCAUGAAACUUUGGAAAACACCAUCAAAGUUAUGGGUUGCUGACACCACACGAUAGUUUGAAGAGUUUCGUUUCGAGUUUGAGUGUAGAAAGUGAAAUUAACAAUUGACAGGCUAGGCAAGUAAUGGAACGUCAUCUAUCCGUGUCAUUAGCCUAGCUGUGUGAUCAACUGGCUGAACACCUUUAAGGCCGCUAGUUAAACGGCUAGGCAGUUAAUUGAACGGCUUUAAUUAAGUUAGAUGGCUGCGACAUUGCUAUAGCGAGGCGAAUAGAAGGAAUGGGGCAGAGAUGUAAACUUGUGUGCCACCCGAAACACUAUGGGAAUAAAAUAUGUGGGGAUAGAAUCAAGUAACGAGUCAUCAUAAAUACCGUAAGGGCCACGAAUGAUAUAAAAAUGCUUAAAUUGUACAAAAAUCAUCACGAUUUUGAAUAAUUAACGCGGACCAGUUAUGCAUACGUAUUUAUACAUUUUCAUUAUAUUUAAGAGUUUAAUUUAUUUGAUUCUUUUUUGGAGAGCCUUAAACAAGAAAUUUUUCAGCAACUUCUGCGUAAUUAUUAAAACAUCUUUAACAAUACACUAAGUUCUUAAAUUAAAAUUAAAUUGUAUAUAAAAUAAAUAAUGAAUUCUCAUUACAAAGUCACAGUAAGAUAAAAUAACUAUAUAGUUAUUGAAACCUCCUUAGUGAUAUCGUGGUAGCGCUUUUCAUCAGCUCCAGUACUCUGUAACUUGAAGGAGUAAUACGGAUCCAGAUAUAUUCUGAACAAAUGAUGUCACGCUAUAGGUAUUAAGAAAACUGCAUUAAAAUAAAAAUAAAAAAUACAUAAUACAAGAAAAGUUACAACAUAAAACAAAUUUGCAUUGAUAACGUCUGUUUCGGGAUAUUGAACUCUGGAAAAAGUUUUAUUUAUUUAUUUUAAAAAGGCUUUACUAGAAAAGCAUAUACAAACACAAAACAUUCAUGUGCUUGAUGCACGCAUGAGUAGUGUGCACAACAUAAAAUAUAAAAGAUAAUAAAGAUAAAAGAGAAAAUAAAUUAUACAAUAAAAAUAGAACAUAUCUUAGAGAGUUUCUUGUUCAAGGCUACAUUAUAGUUUAAUAAAGUUAAUUUUAUAUCUAUAAUUAUGUACAUUUAUAUAAGGUUAAGGGCCUGUUUCACAAUGUAUGGUUAAAGUGCCAAAUAGCUAU